UCUAAUGAAAUCUGAACUCAUUUUCUAGUAUGGUGGGGGUACUGUUUGAAAGGGUACUUAAUGUAUUUAAUGAAAGAGUUAACGUUUAGUUAAGUAUUCAUUCUAGAGACUGAAAGGAUGUUCUUCUGGCUCAUUGGUUUUUGGUUCUUUCCACAGAAAGAUAAUGCCUUUACUUUAGUGGGGCUAGUUUGAUAUCCGUGUAGAUUGUCUUUCAGAUUCUGUGUACUAGGUUCAAAAAGGUUUAGUUUUUCGAGUUGGUUGUAGCUGUUUUUUGGGUUAUAUAAGGGUUUGUUAACUCUCUGAAAGUUGCAUAUAGGGCUUGAUUUUUUGGAGUGUUUCAGCUUGAUACAGUUGGAUCAGCCCAGCUCUAAUUUUAGUAGAUUUGUCCACCUGGUUCUAUGCCUUUUCUCUUGGCUGAGAAUUGAAGAAAGCAAUCUGAAUUGCUGUGCACAUGACAUUUCUUUGAUGUUUCAAUUUUUUAAGGCUAAGAGAUAAAAGACAAGAGUAUAAUUUGUAUUGAAGUUUCUUGGAUCGGAUGGUGCCUGGAGGACUUCUUUUGCUUAUUUUUACCACUCUCCACUAUGCAUCAGGUGCAUUUGUAGGAAUAAAUAUUGGAACCGAUGUUUCAAACAUGCCGUCGGCUCCAGAUGUGGUUGCCAUGCUGAAAGCCAAUCAGAUUACUCAUGUACGCCUCUAUGAUGCUGAUGCCCACAUGUUGAAAGCCCUUGCAGACAGUGGGAUAGAAGUGAUGGUUGGUGUUACAAAUGAGGAAAUCUUAGGAAUUGGGGAAUCUGCAUCAAAAGCAGCAGCAUGGAUUAAUCAAAAUGUUGCAGCUUACUUGCCUUCAACCAACAUUACAGCCAUUGCAGUUGGCAGUGAGGUUCUUACCACAAUCCCUAAUGUUGUCCCUGUUUUGGUUCCUGCCAUGAACUACCUCCACAAAGCCCUUGUUGCUUCAAAUCUAAAUUUUCAAGUCAAAGUUUCAACCCCUCAAGCCAUGGACGUAAUCCCCAAGCCUUUCCCGCCCUCAACUGCCACCUUUAAUUCAUCAUGGAACUCUACAAUUUAUCAGAUUCUUCAGUUCUUGAAAAACACUAACUCAUAUUACAUGUUAAAUGCAUAUCCAUAUUUUGGAUACACAUCUGGAAAUGGCAUUUUCCCUCUUGAUUAUGCUCUUUUCCGAUCACUUCCUCCAGUGAAACAGAUUGUUGACCCCAACACUCUUUCUCACUAUGACAGCAUGUUUGACGCCAUGGUGGAUGCUACCUAUUAUUCUAUAGAUGCUCUGAAUAUGUCUGGAAUCCCAAUUGUAGUUACAGAAACUGGGUGGCCUUGGCUUGGCGGAGCCAAUGAACCUGAUGCCACUGCAGAUAAUGCCGAGACCUUCAAUAAUAAUAUGAUUCAGCGAGUUCAAAAUGAUUCAGGACCACCUAGUCAGCCAAAAUUUCCCAUCAAUACAUACAUUUAUGAGAUGUUCAAUGAAGACAAGAGGCCUGGGCCUGUGUCUGAGAAAAACUGGGGCUUGUUUUUCACCAAUGGCAGCUCUGUUUAUACUUUUAGUUUGAGUACUUCCAAUCGAAUUACUGGAAAUAGUUCUGAUUUCUGUGUUGCCAAACCAAAUGCGGAUCCCGGUAAGUUGCAAGUAGGACUGAACUGGGCUUGUGGGCAGGGAGGGGCCAACUGCAGUGCUAUUCAAGAAGGGCAACCAUGCUAUCUUCCUAAUACUUACCAGAACCAUGCAUCUUAUGCUUACAAUGAUUAUUAUCAAAAAAUGCAUCUGGCUGGUGCAACAUGUGAUUUUGAUGGUACUGCUACAACAACCACAGCUAAUCCCAGUUAUGGAUCCUGUAAAUUUACUGGGAGUUCAACUACCACUCCGAGCUCAACUGGAGGAUUCACACCAUCUGUAGCACCUGGACCUGUGUCUCCCCAAGGAGGGAGCGGGACUACAAACCUGCAAGUUUUGAGAAUUCAAUUUGUAAUAUCAUCUAUGUUUCUACUUCUAGUCUUGCUUUGACCCAAAGGUACAUUCAGUUUUGCAUCUUGUUAGGUGAUUUGACUAGUGCUGAAGAUGAUUACCUCAUCGAAAAUUAUUAAGAUGCGUGAUGUACACCGAUUAAAGAAUAUAUAGGAAUGUUCAUGUGUUAAAUCAUUUGGUUCCAUUAAUUUUGUUUCAGUUCAAGUCAUCUUGUUUGUUUUC